AUGCUGACCUCAGCACUUCGUUUGCUUGACGUAGUUCACCAGUAGUGAUUUCGCUGGUGGGGCUACCGACCUCAGUGCUGGUGAUGGAUGUUGAGGGAGAAGAAAAGGACCGUGGUAAGAAGCGAGUGAGAACGAAAGGCAUCCAGAAGAAGUUACUUGAGCAGGUCGAAUUUUACUUCGGUGAUGCCAAUUUGCAGAGAGACAAGUUUCUGGCCAAGAAAAUAAAGGAGCAUCCUGAUGGAUAUGUGCCUGUGGAGACCAUAGCCAGUUUCAACAGGAUGAAGAGUCUCACCUCUGACAUCAGUAUAGUGGUCCAGGUCAUGAAGACUUCCACUCUCUUAGAGGUGACAGAUGAUGAAAAAUGGGUUCGAAGGUCAAGGCCACUAACCACUGCAACAGACACGGAUGAAAGGACAAUCUAUGUGGAGCAUCUUCCACAAUCCUCUGACCAGGACAGUGUUAGAAAGCUGCUGAAGGUGUUUGGGAAUAUAACUUACAUCAGGUAUGUAGCACUGACCCUGUGCACUAGUUACAUACAUAAACACUCUCUGUUAAAUGUCAUGUGUCAUAGUGUCAUAGUGUCAUUAGCCCUUGACAAACAUGUGUAUAGGGUUACAAUUCUUGAUCUGCAUCAC